AUGUCAGAAACGGCUUUAAAUGGAAAUGGAGUAAAGGAAAAACUGCAAUGCUCCACUCAGCAAAGUCAUGAGGAAAAUCAAUAUCUAGAACUUAUAAGGGAAAUUGUGGACAAGGGUGAACACCGCCCCGAUAGGACUGGAACCGGAACGAUAUCCACAUUUGCGCCUAGACCUCUUAAAUUUGAACUAUCCUCCAGCUCAGGUGCUCUAAUACUCCCCCUCAUAACCACAAAGCGCGUGUUCAUACGUGCGGUAAUAGCGGAGCUUCUGUGGUUUAUAUCCGGCUCGACCUCUUCCCUUCCUCUCCAAGAAGCAGGCAUCAAAAUAUGGGAUGGAAAUGGAUCACGUGAAUAUCUUGAUUCUGUCGGCCUGUCGCACCGCGCCGUGGGAGAUUUGGGACCGGUCUAUGGCUUUCAAUGGCGACACUUCGGUGCUGAGUAUGUCGAUUCCUCGACGGACUACACUGGAAAAGGCAUCGACCAACUCGCCGACGUAAUCACGAAAUUAAAAUCAAAUCCAUACGAUCGUCGAAUUAUAAUCAGCGCCUGGAACCCCAAGGAUCUCAAAUUAAUGGCCCUUCCACCCUGUCACAUGUUUGCCCAAUUCUAUGUCUCUUUCCCACAAGGAGCCCAGCUCCCUGGGAGACUUCAUUGUCAACUAUACCAGCGAAGUUGCGACAUGGGACUUGGGGUUCCAUUCAAUAUUGCUAGCUAUGCCUUGCUGACGCACAUGUUGGCUCACGUCUGCAAUCUUACCCCAGGAACUUUCACACAUACCAUGGGUGACGCGCACGUAUAUGUUGAUCAUAUUGAUGCACUAAAACUACAGUUGACGCGUGAACCACGCCCUUUCCCUGAAGUGGAGAUCAAGAGAGAGAAAGGAUGCAGCGUGGACGGCUGGAAUGUGGAAGACUUCAUUAUCAAGGGCUACAAGCCGCAUCCAAGCAUACCAAUGAAGAUGUCUGUAUAA